CACAAUCAUGUUAUUUAUUGACGCUUUUGCAAGAGUUCUUGUUAGAAUAGCCAACUCGUCGCCUGUGAUUGCUUUGCCAAAGUUUUGGCUAAGUAUUUUAAAAUGUCGAAGCGAAAGUAUAGUGAAAAUUAUAUUGAGUAUGGCUUCAUUGCUAUUGAACAUCGAGGAGAUAUCUUACCUCAGUGCGUGAUCUGUAUGAAAACCCUUUCAAAUGCAGCUUUGAAACCAAGUUUGCUUAAGCGACACCUUGAAACCAAUCAUACAGAUAAGAUGAACCGAGAUAAGAGUUAUUUUGAGCGACUUGGGGAAAACGUGAAGAGACAGCGCAUGGAUCACACAGGCCAGUUUUACCAAAAGAAUGCGGGGAUUGUAAAGGCAUCCUACGAAGUAUCUCUUCUGGUGGCCCAACACAAAAAAGCUCAUGUCAUUGCAGAGUCUCUUAUUUUGCCUGCAGCUAAGAUAUUAGUCAGAAAUUUGAUUGGAGAAGAGUCAGCGGCAAAGUUGGAUAGUGUAUCGCUUUCUAACAAUACCGUGAAACGACGCAUCGAGGAAAUGUCAGUUGAUAUUACUGACCAGGUGAUUGCAGGAGUAAGAAAUUCGAAGUUUGGAUUUGCCUUACAACUUGAUGAAUCGACAGAUGUCACAAACUGCUGCCAACUGCUUGCCUACGUCCGCUUUAUUCAGAACGAUACUGUAAAAACGGAAUUAAUGUUGAAUCAUGAGCUGUCUACUACAUCAAAAGGAAAAGAUAUUUUCAACUCUUUGGAUAAUUUUUUCAAGGAAAAUGAAUUAGAUUGGGGAAAUCUUGUCGGAUGUACCACGGAUGGGGCUCCCUCCAUGCUCGGCAGAAAAUCUGGAUUUCAAGCCCUUGUCAAAGCAGUGUCACCUCGCGUCGUAAGUGUUCACUGUUUCAUACACAGAUUUGCUCUUUGCACAAAAGUUCUUCCUGCAAAUUUGUUAAUGUGCUUGAACAGGGUCAUCAAAAUCGUAAAUUUUGUUAAAACAUCAGCUUUAAAUACUCGAUUGUUUAAGGUUCUUUGCGAAGAUCUCGGCUCUGAUCACACUUGUCUCCUUUAUCACACAGAAGUACGUUGGCUCUCUCGAGGAAACACAACUAAACGUCUUUUUGAAAUGAGGGAUGAAUUACUUUUAUUUUUCCAACAGAAAGACCAUGACUUUCAAAACGACCUGCAGGAUGAGGAUUUUAUUGCGAAGUUGGCUUAUUUGUCAGAUAUAUUUGAAACAUUCAAUCACUUAAAUUUGUCAUUUCAAGGGAAAAACUGCACAGUCGCAGACUUUGUUUCAAAACUGGGAGCCUUUAUCAGAAAGCUGAAUUUAUGGAGAAAAAAUGUGGAAAACAAGCGCUAUGAUACCUCAUGCUGCCCAUACGUCACAGAUCCUUUCUCAGUGGACCCAGCCGACCUACUUGUUGGUACAGGGGAACAAGAGGAACUGAUAGACAUACAGGAGGAUCUGGAAGCAAAAAAACAAUGCAAAGAAUAUUCUGCAAUAAACUUUUGGCUUAGUAUGGCUUCUUCAUACCCAACGCUAGCUUCUCACGCUAUUCCACAACUACUGAUUUUUCCUUCUACUUGGGAAUGUGAGCAGGGAUUUUCUAUUCUUAUGAACAUCAAAUCAAAAAAUCGAAACCGACUAAGUGCCCCCGGACAUGACUUCAGAUGUGCUAUUAGCAACGUUAUGCCGCGCAUCGAUCAACUGGCGCAAGACAAACAAAAACAAAAAUCCCAUUAAAUUUAGCCGUGCACUUUUCGUUGUUUAUUCUGAUUGGUAAUUUUGGUACAUUCGUUAAAUUUACAUCCUGAUUUAUCAUGUUAUCAUAAUAAAUUGGUUUUGUAAAAUUUGUAUCAAAUUAGCUGUUUCGAAAAUAGUGGUACAUGUUGACAAAUCGUGGUGCCCAAGUGGUACGAGAACGUAAAAAGGUUGGGAACCCCU